AUGAACCCCGGAAAACGCUUCGCCAUAAAUUGGGUAGAGCUGCAACUCCGUCCAUUACACGGAAUUGACAUUUGGAUCCCAGUAUUCCAGUCCCUUGUGAUGGGUGGCACCUAUCCUCCCCACGCCGUAUUCAUUAUUCCCUCCACACGCUCUGGCGUCCCUCAUCCCUACUCCCGCCCUACCAGCCGUUCCAGUCAACGUUCCGUGGCAGCCCGCUCCCAACCACCCUCUCGCGGCCCAUCACCCCCUCCGCAACACCUGCCUGGAAUGGAACCGGAGCCGACCCUUGCCUCUCUCCUCGAGGCUAUCCAAACCCUCACCAGCCAAGUCGGGUCCCUACAGGCCCAAAUCCACACUCAAGGCCAACAGCUCUCUGAGCUCAAAGCCAUAUGUAAGGAGACCAACGACCUCGUUGGAGACAAGGAUCAGGGCGGAGCCCAAGCCAAGCCUGGCCCAUCGACUGGGCCUAUUACUCCCCCCACACAUACAGGGGGAGAAGCGCACACUCCAGGAAUGGUUAGGCCUGGACUCAAGGCCCCCUUCCGCCCAUCAAGAGGAACGGGCUUUGACUCAGAAGAAGAGGAAGAACCCAGGCGGGCCCCUAAGAGAGAGCCUGGCGACACGCCUAAGCGGAGCCUCAGCUCCCUUACCCCCUUUGACUCAGGGUCUAGCGUGAAGCGACCCAAGAUGGAGCUCCCCGACCCAUACAAAGGGGACUCCAGGGGAAGAAAGGCAACCCAGUGGCUGGAUCGCAUGCUGCUGUGGGUUGCACUUCAUCAAGAUCAAUUUGAUGAAGAAGAACAAAUGGUUGUGUGGAUCCUUUAUCACAUGACUGAUAAGGCUGCCGACUGGGCUCUCCCUAUCAUAGGGACCAUCAUCAAGGGCGAGGGAAACCCCCCUACCACUAUCCCGGCCUUAACAGCCAAAUUCAAAGAGGCAUUCGCCGACCCCAACGCCAAACGGGCAGCCGCCAGGAAGAUUGCCGCGCUUACUCAGACCACCACUACGUCUGAGUACGUUACCGAGUUCCGCAAUCUUAUGGCAGAACUUGAUUGGAACACUGAGGCGUACAUUGCCCAGUUCGUGCGCGGUCUUCACUGGAAGGUGAAGGAACUCCUGUCCACCAAGGACAAUAUCCCGGAUGACGACCUUGAGGCUAUAUUUGCUGCCUCCGUCAAAAUAGACAACAUUCGUCGGGAAAACGAGGAGAACCAACCCAAGAAGGCCCCUGCCAAGUCCCCGGUCACCGCGACCACUUCCACCACUACCACCACCCAACGGGUCCGCCUAUCAGAGGAUCCCAAUUACGUUACCCCGGAGGAAAGGGAUUGCCGCCGAGCAUCAGGGCUGUGCGUCAAAUGCGGUCAAAAGGGACACGGCAUCAAACAAUGCCCCAAUGGCUGGAAAGCUACCAUCAAAGAGGUAGCCAAGGUAGCUGAUGACGAGAUUACCGUCAAACCCUUGGUUACAAAAAACGCGCCUAUAGAAUCUAUUGUUUCCGAAUUUGUAUCUAUUGCCCUUGAUUCAAAUAAACGCCCCCUGUUAUACAUCGAUUUAAUAGCGCAAAACUUCCCGACGGCCCCCAUCAAAACCCUGAUAGAUUCCGGAGCAACAUCCAAUUUCAUUUCCCCCUCCAUUGUUGAAAAGUACAAAAUCCCAAAAACCCAACUCGAAAAUCCACAAGUUGUGAGAAUGUUAGAUGGUACAAUUUCACAGACUGGUCGCAUAUGGCACCAGGUUCAUCUCGCGGUCUCGGCCAAUGGCCAUACACAUUCCAUUCCUUUCCUUGUUUGCCCAAUUGGCAACACUCCGGCUAUCUUAGGCAUGACUUGGCUUACAUCAGAAUCCCCUCUUAUAGAUUGGCAACAGGGAACAGUCACAUUCCCUGAACAGGUUCAAAUUGCCUCAGAAGAAGAAGCGGACUCAGAUCCUUUAGCAGACCUUCCCCCGCAGUACCACAAGUUUGCUAAAGUCUUUGGCGAAGAAGAAUUCAAGGUCCUCCCUCCACAUAGGGAGUAUGACAUCUCUAUAGACCUUGUCCCAGACGCCAAAUUGACCCCUGGCCCCAUAUACGGCAUGACGGAUGCGGAAUCUAAGGCGUUGAAGCAACACAUUGACAAGGAACUAGCAACGGGCAAGAUUCGCCCCAGUACCUCGUCCGCCGGCGCUCCAGUCAUGUUUGUAAAAAAGGCAGAUGGCUCACUAAGACUGGUAGUUGACUAUAGGAAGCUAAAUGACGUCACGCACAAGAACGUCUACCCACUCCCUAGGCAAGACGACUUGAUGGCCAAACUUAGGCACGCAAAGAUGUUCACAAAGCUAGAUCUAUGCUGGGGUUACAACAACAUCAGGAUCAAAGAAGGGGAUGAAUGGAAAACGGCAUUCAGAACUAAAUAUGGGCUGUUUGAAUAUCUGGUAAUGCCUUUUGGCCUCACCAAUGCCCCAGCCGCCUUCCAACAUUUCAUGAACAACCUGUUCAGAGACCUCAUUGACGUCACAGUGGUGAUCUAUUUGGAUGACAUAUUAAUCUUCUCGGAGAAACCAAAGGACCACCCUAACCACGUAAGGGAAGUCCUCUCCCGAUUGAUGAAGAAUCAGCUGUUCUGCAAGCUCUCCAAGUGCCACUUCCACGUCACUACGGUUGAUUAUCUUGGCAUUGUCAUAUCCCCCACCGGCUUUUCCAUGGACCAAAAGAAGGUCGAGGCGGUCACAUCAUGGCCUCAACCCAAGACAGUAAAACAGGUCCAGGCCUUUUUAGGGUUUGUCAACUACCUCAGACGUUUCAUUCCCAACUUCAGCACGGUUGCGCGGCCCCUACACAAUCUCACCAAAAAGGAAACCCCCUGGUCAUGGGGUAAAACAGAGGAAGACGCAUUCCAGGAGUUGAAGGCCCUUGUCACCAAAUCCCCGGUUCUUAUCCAUUCCAAUCCAGAACUACCCUACUACCUAGAGACAGACGCAUCAGGGGUAGCCAUGGGAGCUAUAUUGAGCCAAAGGGGAGAAGAUAACCGGCUCCAUCCGAUUGCGUAUAUGUCAAAAUCCUUCUCUGGUGCUGAAGCCAACUAUGAUACCCACGACAAGGAACUACUGGCAAUCAUUAAAGCCCUGGAGGAAUGGAGGAUCUUCUUGGAAGCCACGGACAAACCAGUACAGGUGUUCACAGAUCAUCGCAACCUUGAAUAUUGGAUGCAGGCAAGAACCUUCAACCGACGACAUGCUAGAUGGCGCGUAUUCCUGAGUGAUUUCAAUUUUGAGAUACAUUAUCGCCCAGGGAAACAAUUGGGAAAGCCUGACGCCUUAUCCAGGAGAUCAGAUUACACGGAUACACCCCAGGAGCCAGAGGUUAUGCUACCAGCCAAGGUAUUUGCCAACACAUCAGAAGAGGAACUUGAAAUUGUCACCGAAGUCCGGAACAAGCUAAGGGAGGACCCAUCCCUAGAACCCAUCAUCCAGUUUCUGACAGAAGACGCUGAUAACGCACCCCCCUCUAUCCGAAAGGCCUACCGAGACUAUGACUGGGAGGAAGACCUUCUAUGGUACCGAGGGAAACUAGUAGUCCCAGACUCAGAGCCCCUGAAAGAACGACUGCUUAAGGAAUUCCACGAUUCCCCACUGGCAGGCCACCCAGGACAACAAAGGACACUGGAAUUAAUCAGCAGGUCUUACUGGUGGCCUGGUAUGAAGUCUUCAGCUAAGGAAUGGGUCAAAUGCUGCCCAGUAUGCCAAGCCAAUCGACGUGCUCACGCACCAACCAUUGCCCUCAAACCUUUAGAAGUACCCCCAUUCCCUUUUCAUACCAUCUCUUACGAUUUCAUUACGGGCUUCCCUAAGUCAAACGGGCACGAUGCAAUACUAGUAGUCAUCGACUCCUUCUUGAAGUUUGGACACUUCAUCCCAACCACAAAGAAGGUCACAGCCAAGGGCCUUGCCGACUUGUUCAUUAGUCAUGUUUGGAAACUACACGGAUUACCGGUCAAAACCAUCUCGGACCGGGGAACAACGUUCACAGGGAAAUUCCUAAGGGCUCUGUACCAGCGUCUUGGAGUCAAACCAGCCUUCUCCUCAGCCUACCACCCAGAAUUGGACGGCCAAACAGAAAGGGUGAAUCAGUUCAUAGAAUUCUACCUCAGAUCAUAUGUUGCCGCCGACCACUUGGACUGGGCUACCUGGUUACCGCUAGCGGAAUACGCCUACAAUAACGCAAAGCACUCCGCCACCGGAAGAACCCCUUUUGAAUUGGUUUAUGGUAGAAAUCCCGUCAUGAAUCCAUCCAACGUUCCUGCCAACGUCCCAGAAGCUGAUCAAGUGGCCAAUACACUAGCCCAAGAAUGGCAAGAGGCGGAAUCAGCACUCAGAAUGACCAAGGAGCGCAUGACAGGCACAAGAGGAGUGGUACCAAGAUAUUCUGUGGGAGAAAAAGUCUGGCUGGACGGAAAAAACGUGGAACUUAGGACAAACUCCAACAAGCUGGACCCAAAACGGCUAGGACCGUUCGAAGUCACCGAAAAAGUCUCCAGUCACGCUUACCGCCUCAAGCUACUGGAAACUCUGAAAAUUCAUGACGUGUUCUACGUAGGAUUGCUAUCUAAAGUACACGAAUCCCCAAGCCAACCAUUCCUGGAACAACCUCCCCCUGAAACAAUAGAGGGAGAAGAGGAAUACAAGGUAGAACAGAUCAUUGACUCAAAGAGGCAACGGGGAAAAUGGUUUUACUUAAUCAAAUGGAAAGGAUAUGGACCUGAGGACAACUCAUGGGAACCAGAGGAGCUACUUGAACAUAGUCAAGAGGAGAUCAAACGCUUCAACAAGUCACAACUGAAAAAGGCUUGUGACUCCGCCAAGAGCCUUUAA